UAGGCGCCGCACGGUGGGCGGCGCCUGCGGGGUGGCUAGCGAGUGCGCGCCGCCAUUGUGGCCAGUUCGAUCGGUAUCGGGAGCGGAGAGCGGAGCCCAGCAAGCCCGGAGCAAGGGAGCAGCCCCCCCCCCCGCCAACGGCCGGCCCCCGAGUCACCAUCAACACCGCGCGGGAGGCGGCGCUGCUGCAGCUGCUGCGAAAGCCAGUCACCACCACCGUCCGCCGACAGACACCGGCGCCGCCAUGAGCAGCGAGGCCGAGACCCAGUCGCCCACCGCCGCAGCCGCCACAGCCACAGCCGCCCCUCUACCAGCGGCGGCGGCGCCUGCGGCGGCCCCCCUGGCGGCGCCCGCACCCCCGUCCCCGACAACCGCCAUCGUCGUCGCCCCGGACGCCAAGCCCGGGAACGGCGGCGGCAGCGGAGGAGGCGGCGGCGGCGGCAACGGAUCCAACGGCGGCGGCCUGGGCUCGGCGGCGCCCCCCGCCGGCGGGGACAAGAAGGUCAUCGGUGAGGCUGGGGGCUCGGAAAAAAAGAGGGAGGGAAGGAGCGUGUGAGGGACGACGGGCGGGGGAAAGAGGAGCGGAGGGUGGGCGGGGCCUGCGGGGGCGCGCGCGCGAGUGCUAACGGGGGCGCGGCUGAGCGACUGACAGACUGGGCUGGCUCCGUGGGCUUCUGUCCCCCUUCCUCUCCCGCGCGCGCUUUUUAUCCCCUACUCUCCCCCCUCCCGACUCCUCACUCACGUUCCAUUUCCCGCCUCGAUGAUUGGCUGAGGGUGGGCUGGUUGCUCGCGCUCGUGCCUUUUCUUGUCUCCGCCUCCGUUCCGUUCUCCCCUCCUUUAUUGGCUGGCCGCGUUGAGUCUUUUUAUUCCUCCCCUAGUUCCUCAUAUUCUAAUAAGACUCGCCCCCUCCUCCCCUUCAGGUCCGAGCGCGUGCCCCGGCCGUUGAGGCGCUUUGCCUCGCGCUCCCUCUCCUUAGCGCGCCUGCGCGGAGAAAAUGUUGGUGGGGAAAGGGAAGGCAAGCGGCUCGUGCGUGCGUGUGGGAGGGGGCGUGGCCGAGGAGACGGCGCAAGAUGUCCGCCACGCGCGCAGCCUUUGUGUGAUUGCCGUGGGGGAGCCCCCCCUCCCUGCUCUCCAUUAAUCCCGGUUAUUGAUGCUAUUAGCCGCAGAUUGUUCUCUGAACAGUAGCUGUGAUGUUUCAUGUAGCUGAAUUUUUGGUACAUUUUUAUACCAUGCUCUUGGGCCAGAAAGACUUCCAGAGCUGCUUACAUACCAUCAAAUCAAGGCAGUCCCUGCCCCGCAGGCUUACAGUUUUAAAAAAACAUGAUACACAAGGGAAGUGGGGGAAAUCUAAAUUUAGGCACCAGUUCCGGGGCAGGAGGUGUUUGAGGAAGCUGGGCCUCCAGCAAAGCUAGUGGAAUGAGCCCUGCUUCCUGUUCUUCCCACUGGGGCAGCCUAAUGGAAUGGCUGCCCCUAGGUGACAGAUGAGGGGAGAGGAGGCAUGGUGCCACUGGCCUGUCACAGCAGAGCAGAUUGAGUGAACUCUGCUUCUCAGUUUUCCCACUGCUGGAAUGGUUACCACAGUGUGACAGUUGAGGGGAGAGUGUGUGUGCUUGUGUAUAUAACUAAUUGAUAGUUUAUUACUGCAAGUUUUAAUUAAAUUUGCUUGUUUUAUUUACUGGAGGGCCAGUUUUAAUAUUUUUAAAAAUUACCUUAAUCGGGGAUGGGGAGUAGAUUCAGGUUGAGGGUUAUAGGGAUAUAGUAAGCUGCCUCUUGCCAUAUCAGACUUUUGGGUCAUGCAGUUCAGAAUGGACUACACUGACUGGAAGCAGGUCUCCAGGGUUUGGGGCAGUAGUUGUUCCCAGCCUCACCUGGAGAUGCUGGAGUUUGAACAUGAGACCUUCCAGCUUCAAAAGGUGUGUUUUGCCAUUGAAGUGUGAGUAGGAAGAACUGCCUUAUACUGAAUUACACUGAGCUCAAUAUUAAUCUGCAGACUGAUAGCAGCUCUGCCUGGUUUCAGAAAGGAGUCUUUUUCUGCCCUAGCUGUAGAUGCUUGAGAUUAAUUCUUUGACCUUUUGCAUGCUAAAGUAUGUGCUCAGCUACAUCCAUUUUUUUCUUUUUACACAAAAACCAACAAUGACAGUAGCAUUUCCCAUGCCACUGUCCAUUAGCAGGUUGCCAUCUUUUGAGUCUCCCCUUCCCCUCUAUUUGUCCAUUUUUAAAUAGCCAUUUGGUCUGCGGGUGGAUCAUGCUCCUUUCCUUGUGAAAAGCUGCAUCUGUUUUCCACAUAUCAAAUGGCUUUUCAAUGCACAAGAGCAGGCCAGGCUCUGCUUUGCUGCUGUUAUUUUUGGGGGCUGGUUGGCAAAUUGACAGAAAUGUGCACAUGAUUUGAUCGCUCAUCCCUUGAUUCAGGACUUUGGGAUGUCACAAGGCCCAUUGGAGUCAGUUUUGAAGUUUCAUUCCUGCAACUUAAAGCCUUUAAAAAAAACUGUUAAAGUUUGUUUAAAUUAUAUAUAUCUUUUUUUUAAAAAUCUGAAAGCUGCAGUCAUACAUCUACCUUAUUGAAUGGGUAUAGUAUAAUGAAUGUAUAGGAACGGGCUGCAUGUUUUGUGAAGUUCUUUUAAUAUUGACGGUGUCUUAUCCUCAUUUCCUUUCAUGUUUUCAAAUAGAUUGAAAUACAUCAUAUUUUAAUUAUAAAUUCUAUAUUUUAAUUAAAAAUUAGUUUUUUAUUAUAAACACACAUAUAUAGUGUGUGUACACACACACAUAUGUAAUUGCACUAUAUGUGUGUGCAAAUGCAGUACAAAAUUAUCUCAAUAAAGAUCCCUUAUUGCAGGUGAGAGGGUUGAGGGUACCUUGCCUGAGGCCACAAAACUGAACUCAUGGCUAAGGCAAUAAGCUUCUUUACUCAUGUGUGACCCAUGGCAUCAGGAAAGUUCAUCUUUUGGUACAUGAGAGCAGCAGCCAUGAUGCUGCAGUCCAGUGAUAAACAUCUAUAUGUGGCUCAGACCUUUUUGAAUGGCCCCUCAUAGUGUGUGUGUGUGUGUGUGUGUGAGAGAGAGAGAGAGAGAGAGAGAGAGAGGAGCAGAGGGAGCAUACAUCUUAACUUGCAGUCACUCUUUCUUUCUUUUUUUUGUAGCAACGAAGGUUUUGGGGACAGUGAAAUGGUUCAACGUAAGGAACGGCUAUGGCUUCAUCAACAGGUGAGAAGGGGCUGGAUGUGAUCAUUUUUUGAAAGCUGAUUUAGGCCAGUGAAAUGUGCCUUUUCACUCUAAAGCUGUCCUCUGAGUAUCAAGCUAGAUCAGGCUUUCCCAGCUUGAUGCCCUCCAGCUGUUUGGAUUAAAACUCAUAUCAUGGCACCAUGCUGGCUGGGGUUGAUGAGAUUUGUAGUUCAAAAGCAGAUGGAUGAAGGCUGAGCUAGAUUUGUGCACAGGACUUAAUGAUACCGAUUGCACUCGGCUUCAGCUUCUUUGCUGUACAUGUCAGUGGAUUGGUUUAGUACAGUGGUGGCCAAACUUGGCCCUCCAGCUGUUUUUGGACUACAAUUCCCAUCAUCCCUGACCUGGUCCUGUUGGCGAGGGAUGAUGGGAGUUGUAGUCCAAAAACAGCUGGAGGGCCAAGUUUGGCCACCACUGGUUUAGUAUCUGUAUGUGCAGACAUAAAUGUUUACUCACAGAUGGCUUCUUUAAUAUGGUAUCUUGGCAGUUCUUCGUAACUUCUGUUCUUCCAACAUGUAAAUUAGAGGAAGACUGGGCAUAAUAAAUCAAAUGUGAGCCAAGAAGUAUAAAAAGAUAGGUGAACUAUGAGAGAGAGCAGUUGAGACAGCAGAACUUCUAGAGAGUGCUAAACUGAGCAUGACUCAACAUGCAUACUGUAACAGAGACGGCCAGAUUUAGGAAAUGAUUAUACCCCUUGGCUGAAGGCUAGUAAAAUACCAUGUGGUGGUUUUGUUCCUUUUGGGGUCCCUCAGCCUCAAUAAGGAAAGCAGCAAUGAGAGUGAAAAGGCAAGUCCAAAUAUCUAUAAAGGCUGGUGAGGACUGUCCACAGUGAUAAUAGCCAUCUUUUACUUACAGUUCCUGCUAAUUUGCCUCUGAACAUUGGCCAAAGGAGCACACAGCAAACCAAACCCCCUGGUCAUACAGGGUAGUAGAUUUUUAUCUACAGAUGUUCUUACAGAGUGUGUGUAUAACAUACACACUUAAAAUAAAGUGCUGCUAGCUGUCUGCCUUGGGUUGGGUCUACCUUGGGUUGUUUUUCAAAGCAGGUGUGAGUAAACUAUGUUAAUUAGAUUCCUGGUCAUUAUGCCUAACCCAGAGAAAUGCCCCAGGGGCUUCUCUAAAGUACAUGGCAAAUGAAAAGCAUGUAGGUAAUUAAAAAACAAUAAAAAGCUUAAAUAGUUCCUCCACCUCUGCCAUACAUGUACCUUCUGGCAGAUUGUCCACUUUGAGAUGUGUAGGUGCCCUGCUGCAUUGCCUGCCAUAUGUAAAUCUGUCUUGUGAAUGGCAUUGAUCUAUAUUAAGGCCUUAGAUUAGUGUGAGUUCAGUUUAUAUGGAAUUUGAUUAGUUUUCCUCUCGCUUUUUCUUAUGCCAUGGCUGCAAUUAAGUGCAAAGGCAGGGCGGCUGUUGCUGCCUCUUUGGGGACAUUUCUCCAUGUCACUACAGCUGGCAGCACUUUUUGUAGUGUUUCAAUAGCAGUCAUGUAUGAAACAGUGGUUAUUCUAGUAUGUUUGGCCUCUAUGCAGGUGGGUCUGGUUUACCUCAGGCCAAUCAGUUGAGGGUCUUAGUAGGCAGGACUGAAAUGGGCCUUGGUAGAUACUGAGAUAGGCUCCAUCAGUCAUGUACUUCUGAAUAUGACUUGGCAUGGCUGUGAUAUUACAUGUGCAGUGUGGCAAAAGGGGGCAUGCACAGGUCUUAAACGCGCUAUGGGUUAUUACAGGAAAUGGCAGUUGAAAUGAGACAGCUCCUGGUUGACGGGCCAAACCAAAUGAGUGCUCACUAAUGGUUCCUCAUUAUCCUGUAAAAAGUGGGAUGCCACAGGGUUCUGUCCUGGGACUAGUAUUGCUCAACGUCUUCAUAAACAAUAUGGAUAAAGGUAUUGAGGGGAUGCUCAUCAAAUUUGCAGAUGACACCAAACUGGGAAGGGUAGUUAAUACUGCAGAAGAUAGAAUCAGGGUUAUCAGAUUGGAAAACUGGGCAAAAACUAAAAAAUGAAUUUCAGUAGGGACUAAUGUAAUGUUCUGCACUUAGGAAGGAAUAACUAGGUGCACAAAUAUACGAUGGGGGUCUCCUGGCUUUCCAACAGUGCUUUAUUAUAUUUUUAAAAUAAUAGUAAUAAUAAUUUAUUAUUUAUACCCAGCCACUUAUGAAAAGGAUCUAGGGGUCUUAACAUGAAUCAGCAAUGUGAUGCAGCAGCAGCAAAAAAAAAAAAGGCUGGUUCUUUUCUAGGCUGCAUCAGUAGAUGCCCAAUGUCCAGAUCAAGGGAAGUCCUAGUACUGCUCUAUUCUGCCUUGGGCAGACCACAGCUGGAAUACUAUGUCCAGUUCUGGGUACUGUAAUUUAAUAAGGAUAUUGACAAGCUGGAACAUGUAUGGAGUAGGGCAACUGAGAUGAUCCAGGGUCUAGAAACAAAGCCUUAUGGGGAAUAGUUGAGGGAGUUGGGUGUGUUUAGCCUGGUAAAGAGAGGAGUUAUAGCAAUCUUCAGAUUUCUAAAGGGCUGUUGCAUGGAAAAUGGAGCAGGCUUGUUUCCUUCUACUCCAGAGGUUAGGACUGGAAACAAUGGGUUCAAGUUACAAGAAAGGAGUUUCCAACUAAACAUUAGGAAGAGUUGUUUGACAAUGGAACAGACUUCCUCAAAAGGUGGUGGACUUUCCUUCAUUGGAUGUUUUUAAGCAUCUGUCAAGGAUGUUUUAGUUGUGAUUCCCCGUUGCAGGUAGUUGGACUACAGGAUCAUUGGUGUCCCUUCCAACUCUACAAUUUUGUAAUUCUAUGAAUUAAUGUUGGCAUGUAACUUCCUUGUGUAGUUGAUACACCUGAUCAGAAAGCACUCUCUGUACAAAGUCAUUGUAUUUAUCUACAUCACGCUUGAAAAUCUUUGUCCUACUUGUAGCCCCACCCGUGUCCAGUCAUAAACUCCACCUAGCUCAUUCUGCUGUUGCAAUACAGUGUGGUAGGAAAGUCUUUUGGCAUUGACUGUGUUUACAUCCUGUACUCCCUCCUGUACAGCUCUGUGACUGCAGGAUAGGGGAAGGGUUGAUGACUAUACUUGGUGCUUUGAGACAUGUAGAAACCCUACCUGCUUUUAUUUGUUCUUUUUUAAUCUCUACUGAGAAAGUAGAAUAAUCCCUAUUUAGGAAGUAAAAAUACAAUAGAAUAAUAAGGCAUAUAUUGGAAUAUUCCUUUAAUGUUUGUGUUCCAAUGUGAGAGUGUUUGUAAAUCAAAUAUUAAUGAAAACGUUUCUGCAGGAAAGGUCUGUCAUUUGUCCAAAAAGGCAUUUUGGCAAACUUUCAACUUACACCUGCUUGAUCAUUGUAGCCAGAAUUGCAAGAGUCCGCAAAAAGAAAUACGAAACUUCCAAGUUAAUACACUCCCAGUAUUUUUAGCACAAGAAAGUCAUGGGUGUGGAGUGAGGAGUGAUAUGCGUUGUUCCUUGGCAGUCCCCCAAUGCUACAGGCUGGCCUCCGUCCAAAAUUGAGUGCCACUCCUUCCUGGAAAAUGCUGGGUUUUUGUGUCAUGUUUUCUGAAUAUGAAACUCCUUGUUUUACAGGAAUGACACCAAGGAAGAUGUGUUUGUCCACCAGGUGAGACUGUUUCCUUGUACAACAAGAUAUGCUGGAUUUUGAUGAAAUGAUACACUUUGUGCAUUAGCUGAAAGAGGUGGAAAAGUAUCAGUUCUGUUGCUCUUGGGAGAAGUCAGUGUUGCCUCAGAACUGAAGUUAUGAAGUGUGGAAUUUUUAUAGGGGAAACCAGUUGACAUAAGGUAGCCAAAACCCAAUCUUAAGAGCCUAUGAAUGCUCAAUACACUGUGCCUGUUUGCCUACCUGGCAUCUCAUGCCCCUUCUCUCUUCAUUGUGCUUUUCUUCCCUCUGUUCUUUGCCUGCAGUGCCUAAGUGGUCAGGACUUCCCUGCAGUCCACCCAUGUCCUGCUUGUCCUCGGUUGGUCUUUAUCCCUUUGCUACCUUACCUUUGCUUUUGCGUCCCACAUGUCACACAAUGGCUUAUGCCUGCUUUUUGUUCUGUCUAAUUGGGUUAUUAGGCACUGUUAAGAUUUUUUUAAAAAAUAGCAAAAGUAUUUUUGUUCUUAUCAUCUAUCCUUGCACUCACAGGCUUUUGGGGACUUCAUAUUGGUUGGGUGCCAACCUUUUUGGGGACUCCUGCUUUUUCCUGUACACCAGUGGCUGUCAUUUAUAUGACCUGGACUCCACUUGAAAAAUUAAUGGUGCUGCUUGGGUGCCUCUGCCAGACACAUUGGGAAGAAUUCAGUGUAGCACUGCAGCAGCUGUUCUGUUCAGCCAGUGCUUUUCAGUUUGCCAGAUGGAACAAUCCCCUUCUCCUCCUGGUCUUCUCAGGACCAGUUAGUUGAAUCCUGCUCCUUAAAGAUACUUUUCUUUGUAAACAAAGAACCAGGAUGAUAAUUUGUCAAAUAUGAAUAUUUUUCUGGGGGUGGGGCAAAGCAGAGUGAUAAAAGAGAAGGAAACAUUGCCCACUGCACAGGUUUCCUCUAGCUCAGGGGUCAGCAAGGUUUAUCUUAUCUGGGCCGGAUCGGUCCAGUGGAGAUCCCUCCAUGGGCCAGAUUGCGUGAGCGUGCGCGCCCGCAAUUGUUAACACGUGAUUUUUGGUGUCUGUGCAGACAUGAUUUCCUGCCCAUGGGCCUUAGGUUGGUGACCCCUGCUCUAGCUGCAGUAGCAAGUGUGAGGCCAUCCAUUGUUCAGCAGAGAGCCACCCUCCCAGCUUUGAAGCUGGGCAGAGAUUGCCCCACUGCUUUUAUGGCUCUCCCCACGCAGAGGAAGGCUGUGGGUUCCAAAUCAGCAAACCCACAGCAAACACCAGCAUUUCCUGCUAUGAAGCAGGAAUGUUUGGUAGGGGAGAGUUAGAGCUAGCUGCUGAAAGGCGCUCAGGGUGCCUUCAUCUCUUCCUUGCCAAACCUUUUCAUGGGAAAGACCAGCAGUCGGGGGACGGUCAUCACUGCUGGAGGUGCACAGAGCCCUUCCAAUAGCAGCUGCCAAUCAAUUGCUUUCCCUACUGGCCUUUCCCUUAGAAAAGCCCGGGAGGAACAUUUUGAACUUGAUAAGAGUGGCUGGGGGGCAGUAACUAAUUUUUGGCUUUGAUUCAGUUGUUAAAUUAAUAUGAUUUAGUGCUCAGUUUUCGUUUAGGAGGAAUGGAUGGAGCUAAGGACAAAUGUCUUAUUCUCAAUUCAAGGACUCUUAAUUCAGUUUCAAAAAGUAUGUAUCAUUCUCUGGUGUCUGAUUAGGGAAGGUCCUCCUGCAUUGCAGGGGGUUGGACUUGAUGACCCUUUGGGUCCCUUCCAGCUAUAUGAUUCUGUGAUUCUUUGAUUUCUGUUUGGGAUACAUUUCCAUCUGUUUCUUGGUGGUGGAUAAAUUUCCCUUCCCUGGGUUGUCUGAUGGCUUCCUUGCUGGGAGGCCUAAAUGGAUGAAAGCCCUAUGAGAAACAACUUGUUCUUUCCCCUGGGGUAGUUCUGUUUCUUAAGAAUUGGGCAUUAGGGUUGUUAGUUUCAAAUGGGGUUAGUGGUGCUUGCUUAUUCAGAAGCAGGGUACCAGGAAUAUGUUGUCAGCACUAUUUAACUUUGCUCCUAGUGCAGCUGUUACUAUUGACACUGAAAAUUGUUUGGUAAGCAAAACUAUGAAGGUCAGUUUAAUAGAGUGUGAUCACAUGAGUGGCUGAGAAUUAAAGCUUCAGCCACUCAAAAGGCAGAAUUUGUUCUAUUAGUUAGAGAAAGACUAGCUCAUGACACUCAUGUGAGUUUUUACACUGAUUGCCCUGAAUUACAUGGACUUCUGGAAGGAAACACCAGUUAAUUUUUUUUCUUGUUAAUGUCUUUGGCAUAGAAAAUUAGGGCUAGAAGGGACGUAGUAAAUCAGAAUGUACUUCCUAUGCAUCUCUGGCAUGACUGCAAAGUUUGUGGCACAUACUUACUCCCAAGGUUACCCUGGACAGGUUACUGGGAGGGGACCUACCACACAUUUGAUGGCUCCUUCUAUAUGUUCAAUAUUGCAGGAUAUACAUCUGCUGUUGGUCUUUCAUGGGUAUAUCACUAAUCUAGAAAACUUGCACUUUUAAAAUUUAUUAUUUAUUAAAUUUGUGAACCACCCAUAGAUCUCAGGUGAGUUCACAGCAUGUCUACAAGUCUAAAUCUGAAAUGUUUUUUCAUCAGACUGCUAUAAAGAAGAAUAACCCCAGGAAGUACCUUCGCAGUGUAGGAGAUGGAGAGACUGUGGAGUUUGAUGUGGUUGAAGGAGAAAAGGUGAGGUGACUGUCCUGGACUGACUCUGGGGCUUUCCUGCUCUUUGGAUCUCAGCUGCUGAGCAAGUGAAGGCCAGCAGCUUCCUUCUGUCUGGGGUGCAGCAGGGAGGUUUCUCUGUGCUUGUGCUGGCGCAGCUGACACUUGCUCAUGUUGUCUCUUGAUGGCUAUUUUUAGGGAGCAGAGGCAGCCAACGUUACAGGUCCUGGUGGCGUUCCAGUGCAAGGCAGUAAAUAUGCAGCAGACCGUAACCAGUACAGACGAUAUCCACGGCGUCGAGGUCCUCCACGCAACUACCAGCAAAAUUACCAAAACAGUGAGAGUGGGGAAAAGAACGAGGGGUCAGAGAGCCUCCCGGAAGGCCAAUCCCAACAGCGCCGCCCCUACCGCAGGAGGCGGUAUCCACCUUACUACAUGCGUCGGCCCUACGGCCGGCGGCCACAGUAUUCCAAUGCUCCUGUGCAAGGCGAGAUAGUGGAGGUAAUUUUUACUAAUGAAGAUUUCUUGAGAGCCGGGUUUGAAAACUUGAAACUCUAGCCUGAAUAAUGGGAUUCCUUGCCAGUAGUGCACAUACCCAGACCAGAAGCUAGUCGACCUGCCUUUUGUGCACUGGCCUCUUUGAAAUUCAGGGGGUUGCUAUAUUCUUAAGUUAUACCUGCCAAACCAGCAGGUUACACUGUGCUACCUGCAAGUUACAACAUUUUGGCAUUUUUCUUUCCUUACAGUGAAGCCAAGUAAUACAGCUUUAUUUCUAUUAAACUGAGGUGACCCUAAAAAAAAUCAGUUUAAUCUUGGUGUGAGUCAAAUUCAGAAUUCGUUACAUAUUAAAAUGAAUUGCUUUUUUAUUGCAGUUUGCCUAGGGCAGGAUUUUUUCCUAAAUGCAAACCACAAUCCAUUUUAUAACCUCUUCCAUCUUCCAGGGUGCUGACAACCAGGGUGCAGGAGAACAAGGCAGACCUGUCAGACAGAACGUGUAUCGGGGUUACAGACCACGCUAUCGCAGGUGAGUUCCCUCAGAGAGCAUGUCCUACCCUCAGGCGCUUUAAAUGCUUUUGCCCCUAGAAGUGGGAGUAAGAUGCUCACAGCUUUGCUUCACCUUUCAGGGGUCCUCCUCGCCAACGACAGCCCAGGGAGGAAGGCAAUGAAGAAGACAAAGAGAACCAGGGUGAUGAGGCCCAGGGUCAGCAGCCACCUCAACGUCGGUACCGCCGUAACUUCAAUUACCGACGCAGACGCCCAGAAAACCCUAAACCACAAGAUGGCAAAGAGACAAAGGCAGCCGAACCAUCAGCUGAGAACACGUCCGCUCCCGAGGCCGAGCAGGGCGGGGCUGAGUAAACGCCGGCUUACCAUCUCUACCAUCAUCCGGGUAAGUGGGCUGCAAUUCCCACCAGGAGAGAGGGAAAAUGGGUCCAGAGCCCUGUUUAGUAGGCAGCUGGCAGGAAUGUUGCCCUUAGAUAGGCACUUGAAACCUGCUAAAUGAAUUGGAGGUGGUGAUAAAAACACAAUGCAGCUCAUAAGAAAGCCCUUAGGACCAACCACAGUACACGAAGGAGUAAAUGAGAUUUUGAAUUCAUUGGGUAGUAAGAAAAACAAAAAGGGCUUGGGGUGGUAGUGAUACCCCCUGGCUGUUCUAAGAUGCCAUGUGAAAGGAGUCCAAUGCAGUCUAAAUUGUGAAUAUCUGAGUUGGUCUUUUAGAAACCUUGGUCAAGCAGACGUUAAGUGAAUAGCCCAGAAGGGGGCUCACUGCGCUGUGAAGAUUAGAAGAGCUGUGUGUACGGUCAGGCAAAGUCGUAAUUUUUGUCUACAACAUGUAGAACAGUUUUCACCUUGACAGGUAGAUGUUCAUUGUCACUUUGGGUGAAAUUGGGAAGGGUGAGAGACCACAGAAAGGACGUCCUACAGCUGAGAUGAAGUGUUUUGAAUUGGCAAGGCCAAGCAGCAUCCUUCUGUGGUACUCACAACAGGAGACAGUUGCAGGCCUUCCCUCUAGUUUUCUAGAGGUCAAACAUGGAAAGACAACAUUUAUAGGAAAUCAGCCAAGAAACUCUUGGGGGCACUCCCAUUGGACAGCUUGUGGUCUUUUUAGGAAGGCUUACAAGAUUAUCCUUACACAAGCCCUUUGAAAUAAAUGCUUGGAAGUUCAUCCCAAAGGCUUUAAUAGGAUUUCCUUCAAGCAACUUUCCUGAGUUCGUGUUUAGAUGGUACUGAGUCUAAAUGAGGCUUCCAAGAAGCAGUCAGUAGUGUGUUAAGAUUCAUGAAUCCUGGCCCUUGGAGAGCUGCCAAACCACAUGUCCUGACUGAGGCUGAAUCACAGCCCUAGUUUCUGUCACUCCACAGUUAAGGGCAUUAACUUGAGUCUGGAUUGAACCACUAUAGCCUUCAAGUGGUGAAUGGCAUGAUUGCAUUCUUCGCCAGUUAGAACAGAAAUCCUGCACAUAGAAAAGUAGCCUGGCAAGAUGGAUAGGUUAGAACUGUGCUCCCAGGCAGUCUCCUUUUAUAUAUGCACAAGGAGCACUUCAGUGCUGGAGGAACAUACCACCCUGUAAGUUCCCCAUUGUAGUCCAAAGAGUGUUAUGCAUGAUGCCUAGGUUUGGUUGUGCAGCUGAGAUGUUGCACUAUGUGGUGGUGGUGUGUAAGUGGAGCCCAGAGGCCAUCUGUGGACCUACUCUUGUGGGGUUUGGGUUUUACCCAGUAUGGUAAGGCGACUUCUUGUUUUUCUCUUUACAGUUUAGUCAUCAAAGAAGAGAGAAUAUGAAAUUUUAAAGAGAAUAUGAAAUUCCAGCAAUAAGAAAUGAACAGAAGAAUUGGAACUGAAGACCUUAAGUGCUUGCUUUUUGCUGUUGACCAGAUAACUCGAACUCUCUGCAUUAUCUAUGCAGCAUGGGAUUUUUAUUAUUUUUACCUAAAGUGGUCUCCUUUUUGGAGCGACAAACAUGUUUUUUAAAGGCCUGUUUUUUCUCAAUACACCUUUAAAGGUUUUUAAAUUGUUUCAUAUCUGGUCAGUUCGGAUUUUUAAGAACCUCAUUUUUAAUUUGUAUGAAAUAUACACCUGAUUUUUUCAAGUCAAACUGCAAGCAUCUCUUAAUAAAGGUCUUAAGAAUUGCC